GUACUUAAAUUGUUAAUACUUGGAAGAACAAAAAAUACAAAAAUGACAAAGAAACUAUAAAAUGUGUAGUAAUACUUUGUAAUAUAUAUAUGGACUGCACAAAACAAACACUACGGUCAAACGAACAAUAAAAAUGAGACGAAAAAUUAAAAAAUUAAAAACAAAUAAAAGAAUUGCACAAAAAAAAACUUUGGAUAGGCUAACUGGCUAAGAACCAUUUCAGCUCAAUGCAAACCUUGAUAUUAAUUACAUUAGUGCAUGAAUGUUCUCCAUUUUUUGAAUGGUUUAGAAACAAUAUCUUAUCGGCAUUGGGUUUUUGACAUAUGAUUGAAUUAUAUCCGUCAUGGCAAUAUAAACAGAUAUUUACUUUAUAUUUGUUUAUAUUUGGUCCUUGCUCUUUACUUGAUGUUGCAGACAAGGAAAAAAAUCGUCCUCCAAAACGGAGUUUGACGAAUGGGAAUGAAAUGCGUAUUUUCCCUCACACGGAAGAGAGUACGGCAAAGAUAAGAAAGCUUGGCUCUGGAAUAUUUUACUUAAAUGGUACAACACAGAGCAGUCCUAAUCAUGUCUGUGAAAACUUCUACCAUGAAGUCGCAAAUGUAACUAAUGGGUGGUUAAGUCAAGAUGAGAGGCAAGAUUCGUCUAUAAUGGUCAACACUAAUUCUGGAGUGAAGAAACUUGGAACAGGAAGACACUUUUUAAGACGUGUGCUACAAGAAAAUCAGCAUGGCAACGAAAAUUUGCAUCUGGGGAAAUUUCAUGUCCCUAAUACUACUAAAGAUAAUUACAGUACCAACACUACAUCGUGGUCACUUCCGCCUUUCAGUAAUGAUAUCAUGUCCUGUAGAAUUCCACUCCGUGAGAUAUCAAAUGGGCCUCAACAUUCUAAUGACAUUGAUUGUCAACACUUAAGAAAAACUACCAAUAAUCAAGAAGGCCCAAAUUCAACAUUGGUGUCCAAGGAUAGUAUGAAAAUCGUGAAGCUUGGUGUUGGGAAGUUGUUUUUGAGAGGUCAAGGUUCUAAUGCCACUACUGCGAGGUCCAAUGGUUCAAUAACGCAUGAUAAUAAUGAAGAAGAACUCGAUGUUCACACUUCUGAUGCAAAUGUGCAUGAAGCUUUAGUCUCGAAUCAGUCUACCAUACACAAUGAAGGUGUCGUAAUUGGAAAUACUAAUGGCAAUACUGCGAGGUCCAGUGGUUCGAUAGCAUUGAAGGAUAAUCAUACCAUGGUUUUCACUAUGCCCGCGCAAAAUCAUUAUAAUAGAGAUUACAGAAGUGGAACUGUUGUGACUCCGGGUCAAUGUGCUAUGAAUCAUAAUAAUGAAAAUAAUAAUAACGAAGAACAACUCGAUGUUCACACUUCUGAUGCAAAUGUGCAUGCCCCUUUGGUCUCGAAUCAGUCUACCAUACACAAUGAAGGUGCUGAAAUUGGAAAUGCAUCAAACGAGCAUAUCGCCGGUGACGAUGGUGAAAAUAAUGCACUGCCUGACGAUACUAUACUUUCAUAUGAGGGAUAUUUUGAUAUUGGGGACCCGAUAUGGAAGUGUGAAUUCUGUAAUGCUUUAAUGUGGUACUCUGAGAGGGUGGAGAAACGACGCAAAUCAGAAAAUCCGAAGUUUUCAUUAUGCUGCAUGCAAGGGAAAAUAAGAAUCCCUCAUCUCACGCCUCCACCACAACCUCUGAGCGAUUUAUUCCAUAAGAAGGAUGCACGAAGCAAAUAUUUCUUACAAAAUAUUCGAUCCUUCAAUAUGAUGUUUUCAUUCACUUCUCUUGGUGGGAGAAUUGAAGUCUCUCAGAAUGAUGGCAACGGGCCUCCCAUGUUUAUCAUGAAUGGUGAGAACUAUCAUAGAAUUGGAAGCUUGCUCCCUUUACCCGGAGAGAAACCCAAAUUUGCACAGCUAUACAUAUAUGAUACAGAUAAUGAAAUAUCUAAUCGGAUGGAAGUUGUCGGGAUGAAAGAUGAUUCAUCUCCUGUGCAAAGAUCAAUUGUGAGUGAUCUAAAACAAUUGCUUGAUCAGUACAAUCCUUACGCUAAAGCUUAUCGAAUGGUUCGUGAUAGAGUGCAGAACAAUGAAGUCGCACCUCUAAAGUUGAGGCUGAUAGGGCAAAGAGGACAUCAUGCUAGAACAUAUAAUCUUCCUACAGCCUCGGAAGUAGCGGCUCUAAUUGUGGGGGAUUUCGAUGCAUCCAGUGGUGAGAGAGAUAUUAUAGUGGAAACACAGUCAAAUAGUCUGAAGCGUGUGUCUGUUUUGAGCUCAGCGUAUUUGCCAUUACAAUAUCCAUUGUUGUUUUCAAGGGGGGAGCAAGGAUAUACAGAUGAUAUUCCAUUAUACGAGACAAAAAGUGCAAGAUCAAAUAAGAGGCGCAAUGUUUCAAUGAGGGAGUUCUACGCUUACAGAUUUCAAAAUCGAGAUAGUGAACGAGCAUGCCUUUUGUUUUCAAAACGCCUGUUUCAACAGUUGUUAGUGGACGUAUAUAGUACAAUUGAAUCAUCUCGGUUGUACUAUUAUAGAACUCAUCAGAGAGAAGUGAGAGCGGACAUGUAUAAAGGAAUCGAAGAGGCCAUUUUAAGGGGUGACACAAAUCCGGCAGCUGUGGGUAAACGCAUUGUGCUACCAUCAUCUUUUAGGGGUGGUGCACGAUACAUGUUUCAAAAUUAUCAAGACGCUAUGGCAAUAUGUCGCUGGAUGGGCUAUCCUGAUCUAUUCAUUACAUUCACAUGCAACCAAAAUUGGCCCGAACUCUACAGAUACUUGAGCACCCAAGGACUGAAAUCUGAAGACAGGCCUGACUUGAUUUGUCGAGUUUUCAAAAUCAAACUCGAUGAAAUGAUUAAAGAGAUCAAAGAAGGGAAAGUUUUUGGAUUAGUCAGGGCAGUAAUAUACACCAUUGAGUUCCAGAAGAGAGGGUUGCCUCACGCACACAUAUUAAUUUUCUUGCACCCACAAUAUAGAUAUCCACAUCCAGAUGAUAUUGAUAAAAUUAUAUCAGCUGAGCUACCAGAUGAAGAGAGUGACCCUGAAUUGCUAAAGAUAGUAUCAUCUUUGAUGGUACAUGGUCCGUGUGGGGUAGAAAAUAAGAAAGCACCAUGCAUGCAGAACGGUAAAUGCACAAGACACUUUCCGAAAAAGUAUGCUGAGCGGACGAGUAUCGAUGAAGAUGGUUAUCCAUUAUACAUGAGGAGGGAAAAUGGCCGUGUUAUACAAAAGGGAGAUCAUGUCAUUGACAAUCGCUUCGUCGUCCCUUACAACCGUCAUCUUCUUAUGAGAUAUAAUGCUCAUAUAAAUGUAGAAUGGUGUAACCAGUCCCGCUCCAUCAAGUAUCUAUUCAAAUAUGUGAAUAAGGGCCAUGAUCGCGUCACCACAGGAUUUUAUGAUGCUGCACCCCAUCAAGCUGAUUCAGGACCUGUGGAUGAAAUAAAGUUGUAUUAUGAUUGUCGAUAUUUGUCAUCAUGUGAGGCUGCAUGGAGACUUUUUGCCUUUGACAUAAAUUAUAGAGAACCUUCUGUUGAGAGACUAACAUUCCACUUGCCGAAUGAACAACAUGUUAUAUUUGACGAAGGUGAUUCCCUUCAGGAGGUUUUGGAUGCACAAGCGCAAAAGAAAACAAAAUUCCUUGCAUGGAUGGAUGCAAAUGCAAAAUACCCUGACGCAAGAGGUCUAACCUAUGCUCAGUUCCCUUCGAAGUUUGUGUGGAAGCAGCCUGGACAUGAAUGGGUUCAUAGGAAAAGGGGGAACACGGUUGGGAGAUUGCAUUUCGUGCCUCCAGCAACAGGUGAAUUAUACUACUUGCGUACAUUGCUGAACCAUGUCACGGGACCAAAAUCAUUUGUUGAAAUACGAACAAUUGACAACAUUGUGUAUCCCACAUUCAAGGAUGCAUGUAAUGCAUUGGGAUUGUUAGGUGAUGAUAAAGAAUAUAUCGAUGCAAUCAUAGAGUCGAGCUUUUGGGGAACUGGGGAGUAUAUGAGAUUCUUCUUUGCUAUAUUGAUGGUGUCUAAUCAAAUGUGUACGCCGCACGUGGUUUGGGAAAAAACUUGGAAGUAUCUGAGCGAUGAUAUUCAGCACAGACAGAGAUUACUUCUAUAGUUUCAUGAGCUGAUUCUAUCGGAUGAUGAAUUGAAGAGUUUUACUUUGGUCGAGAUAGAGAAGUUGUUGCGCAAAAAUGGAAAAACUUUGAUGGAGUUCCCGUCCAUGCCACGUCCUGACAGGUCAUUGAUUUCUGAAUUACAGAAUAGACUUCUCCAUGAUGAGUUGAACUAUGAUAGACCAUCUCUGGCUGCAGAACACUUGCAUCUAUUGUCAACCGUGACUUCUGAACAGAAGAAUAUAUAUGACACCAUCAUGCAAUGUGUCAAUGAAGAUCGUGGCGGUGUGUUUUUCCUGUAUGGAUAUGGCGGAACAGGUAAAACAUACAUAUGGAGGGCGAUAUCCGCAUGCAUAAGAUCCAAAGGUGAAAUUGUGCUGACAGUGGCAUCCAGUGCAAUAGCAUCAUUACUUAUUCCUGGUGGGCGAACAGCUCAUUCCCGGUUUGCCAUUCCUAUUAACGUCAAUGAAGACUCCACUUGCAACAUAAAACAGGGAAGUCAUCUAGCUGAGCUAAUAAUCAAAGCAAAGCUUAUCAUAUGGGAUGAAGCUCCAAUGACACAUAAACAUUGUUUUGAAGCUGUAGAUAGGACACUAAAAGAUUUGCUUAGAUUUCACAAUCCCGAUAGCUUGAAACUUCCGUUUGGAGGGAAAGUUGUCGUUUUUGGUGGUGAUUUCAGGCAAAUACUCCCAGUCAUACCAAAGGCAUCCAGGCAAGAGGUUGUUCGUGCUACUAUUAAUGCCUCAUAUAUUUGGAGACACUGUCAAGUUCUCACAUUAACAAAAAACAUGAGGCUGCAGUGUGGUUCUUCACAUUGUAAUGUUGAGGAAUUGAAAAGAUUCUCGGAUUUGGUGCUCAAAAUAGGAGAUGGAAAUAUUGGGAAUGUCAAAGAUGGAGAGGUCGUCAUUGAUAUACCUGAUGAUAUGCUUAUUACCACGUCAGGUGAUCCCAUUGCCUCAAUUGUUGCUAGCACUUAUCCGUCAUUUCUGGAAAAUAUGGUUGAUCCAUCAUAUUUUCAGCAAAGAGCUAUUUUGACACCCACAAAUGAUGUUGUAGAGCUUAUAAAUAAUUAUAUGAUUUCAUUGAUGCCUGGAGAAAUGAGAACAUAUCUGAGUUUUGACAGCCCGUGCUCGCUUGAGGGUAACAUUAGCGCUGAAUCUGAUGAAGUGCAUACUCAAGAGUUUCUAAACACCAUCAAUGCAUCAGGGAUACCGAACCAUAAAUUGGGACUAAAGGUUGGUGUUCCUAUUAUGUUAAUGAGAAACCUUGAUCAGUCCUCUGGCUUAUGCAACGGAACUCGCCUGAUUAUUACUAGGUUAGGUAAAUUUGUUUUGGAGGCGAAAGUUAUAACUGGAAAAAGUAUUGGUCAAAAGGUUUUGAUUCCACGACUAUCAUUGGUCCCGUCGGAUAGCAGAAUUCCUUUCAAAUUUCAGCGCAGGCAAUUUCCAAUAAUUGUUUCAUUUGCCAUGACGAUAAACAAAAGUCAAGGACAAUCUCUGGAUCAAGUGGGCAUAUAUCUUCCAAAAUCUGUCUUCACGCACGGUCAAUUGUACGUGGUGAUGUCAAGGGUUACCUCAAGGAAUGGGUUGAAGAUUCUUAUAUGUGAUGAUGAGGGUCACGCUAUCAACACCACAAAUAAUGUCGUAUAUAAAGAAGUUUUUCGAAAUUUGUGAAACUGUUUUUUUCAUUGUCAACAUAUAUGACUGUUG